CCAAUUUAGAUAUGCUAUAAAUUUAAGAGGUUGCCAUGACCACGGCGCGCCCAUUGGCCGCCGGGCCCCCUACGUGCCGCGCCACGUCACCAAAUCUGAAUAAGGAUGCGCGAAUUAGGCGGCGGCCAGACAAAGAUGAGGAUCGGGACUGCUUGAAAGUGGGGGAAAGUGCCGGCGCCUCCGCCACCGGGGAAAGCCGCUCCGCAGCGCCGAGGCCAACAGCCACCCGAGACACCUGGGGGAGCCCGGAACAAGCGCCGGCGCGCGCGGCCCGUGGCAUGAGGUUGUGAACGCCACCACCUCCCACUCCACUCUGGGCAACCCAGCUCCAGGCCAGCGAUCGCCCAAGGACUUGACCGGCUGAGUCUUGGUCCGGACCGGACUCGCCCGUGUGGCGGCCGAGACAAGAGGCGGAGCGCAGGGUCGGGGCCGAGAGGCCCGAGGGCCAGGGGCCCAAGGGGAGGGUGAGGCGGCCGGAGCCGCCGGGGCUCGGGGCUAUGAUGGUGCACUGUGCCGGCUGCGAGCGGCCCAUCCUCGACCGCUUUCUGCUGAACGUGCUGGACCGCGCGUGGCACAUUAAAUGUGUGCAGUGCUGCGAGUGCAAAACCAACCUCUCGGAGAAGUGCUUCUCUCGCGAGGGCAAGCUCUACUGCAAAAAUGACUUCUUCAGGCGCUUCGGCACCAAGUGUGCAGGCUGUGCACAAGGCAUCUCGCCCAGCGACCUGGUGCGCAAGGCCCGCAGCAAAGUCUUCCACCUCAACUGUUUCACCUGCAUGGUAUGCAACAAGCAGCUGUCCACCGGCGAGGAGCUGUACGUCAUCGACGAGAACAAGUUCGUGUGCAAAGACGACUACCUGAGCUCGUCCAGCCUCAAGGAGGGCAGCCUCAACUCAGUGUCAUCCUGUACGGAUCGAAGUUUGUCCCCGGACCUUCAGGACCCAUUGCAGGAUGACCCCAAGGAGACGGACAACUCGACCUCGUCGGACAAGGAGACGGCCAAUAACGAGAACGAGGAGCAGAACUCGGGCACCAAGCGGCGCGGCCCGCGCACCACCAUUAAAGCCAAGCAGCUGGAGACGCUCAAGGCCGCCUUCGCCGCGACGCCCAAGCCCACGCGCCACAUCCGCGAGCAGCUGGCGCAGGAGACUGGCCUCAACAUGCGUGUCAUCCAGGUGUGGUUUCAGAACCGACGGUCCAAAGAACGCCGGAUGAAACAGCUGAGCGCGCUGGGCGCCCGGAGACACGCCUUCUUCCGGAGUCCGCGGCGCAUGCGUCCUCUGGGCGGCCGCUUGGACGAGUCUGAGAUGUUGGGGUCCACCCCGUACACAUACUACGGAG